CAACAACAACAACAGCAGCAGCAGCAGCAGCAGCAGCUGCAGUAGGAGACAAGAAAAGUACGAUAGUGGUAGAAGCAAAAAAAGGAAACGAAGGACGGUGACGCGGGGUGUCGACGAUCGCGUGGAAUGGCAGCAGCCCUGAAAAAAAACCAUUCGCGGAGAAGAUUGGCCGCUUUGACAUUCCUCUCGAACAUAUCUCUCGAUGGAAGUCAUCGUGAUACAAAACUGGCUCUCCUCUCGCGCAAGCCCACCUUCGGUGGAGCUGCUGGAAUCGCGGGAGAAAGAAGGGUUGGUGGGGAACACGCGCGAACUUUGAGCGACGGCGGCGAGGUUCGCCGACGAAGCUCGACACCAAGAUUCGAAUUCGAUGAUUCGUUCGAGGAAACGAGUUCGCCUUUGUUAUUGUCAUCAAGACGGCGUAUCGCUCUUGACAGCUCGACGACUAUCGAUCAAGAUGAGAAACAAAGUCAACGACGAGAAUGUCCUUCUGGUGCUGAUUCCUCAUCCUCGCCUCGUGACUCGCAUAAACAAAUUCAUCGUGCGAACAGUGCUAGACGCAGGGAUUCGAUUGAUUCCGACGAAUCUCUCAUUCCCGCUAAGGCGGCUGUAGCUGCGUUCCUCGAACAAGAGAGAAACUAUCCGCAUUUACCCUCUUCCGGAUUGCACACCGGUUCCUUUCGAGAACGCACUGGAACAACCGGCAGCGACUAUUCUAUGCUCGAAAGACGCGUUGGCUCGUUGCAAUACAAGAAACGGAUAAGUCAUCAGACAUCGACGUUAUCCGAAGAUAUAAAGCAUCGAUACAAUAGCAGCAACGAAAGCAUCGGUUCGCUUCGUUCCAAGUCCCAAUCAUCGUCGUCUAAGGCAAAGGGAAAAUCAUCGUGCAACAAUAACGUGCAACAAAACAUUAAUACCAAUAACAUACCAGAGAUCACGAAAGCAAUACGAUUGGUACAACGACCGACUAACAGACAAAAAUUUGGAGACGACAGGCUCGUCUUGGUUUCCGAUAAAUACGUUCCGUUUUUAAUAUUCUCGACUCUUCCCUACAACAAGGGUCGUUCGAGCUGGUCCGAAUUGAGGAGAGAUACAGGAAGAAGGAAAAACGUAUCGUCGCAAAGACCCCUGUCCGCUAUCAAUGACACUAUCGAUCCUUUCGGUCUUCUCGGUAUAGAAAGAGCUAAAGACGGACAGGAAAUUUCCUACGAACGAUUGUUGGUACCUUCGAGACAAUUUCAAAAAGAGAGAAAAUUAUGCUCGACCGAGAGUGAAACGAUAGAAUUAUCUCACGUUAUAGCAAACAAGCAUCACCCGGUACAAAGGACAAAAACUAUAACAUGGAACUUGGAUCACACGAAAUGGUGUCUUUCAUACGACACGGCAACACAUCGUUUACAACACAAUGCUCCAGAAUCUCCACCGUUAUCUUUUGGUGCCGACCCUAUUAGUAAAUUUUAUGAUUGGGACGAACAAUCCGUGCAGUAUAAUCCAAAUUUGUUAGACGAUCCAGAACUUAUUGCAGGGAAACAUAGAACUCUCCUCACUUUUACAUCAUAUAUGGCAUCGGUAAUUGAUUAUGUCAAACCUUCCGAUUUGAAAAAAGAAUUGAAUGACAAGUUUAAGGAAAAGUUUCCGCAUAUAGAACUAACGCUCAGUAAAUUACGUAGUUUAAAGCGAGAGAUGCGAAAGAUAGCAAAGACGGAAUAUGGGAUAGAUAUGUUGACCGUAGCGAUGGCUUACGUAUACUUCGAAAAAUUAAUUCUUCGUAAUAUUGUGACCAAACAAACGCGAAAAUUGUGCGCGGGUGCUUGUUUGCUUCUUGCGGCAAAAUUAAAUGACGUUAAGGGUGACGUUUUGAAAUCAUUGAUCGAGAGGAUAGAAAGUGUAUUUCGCUUAAAUCGUAAGGAUCUGAUUACGUCCGAAUUUGCUGUACUCGUCGCAUUAGAAUUUGGCUUGCACCUUCCAAAUUGGGAAAUAUUUCCUCAUUAUCAACGUUUGAUAUACGAAUCUUGACCUUCCUUUUCAUCCUUCUUCAUGCACAGACGUCAAACAUUAUCUUCUUAAUAGUGCAAGAAGAAAAAAACAGAGAUAUGUACAUUAUAAAAGUUUAACUGUUGUCGCUAACACUGGAUACGAAGAAAGAAGAAAAAGAUCCAUUCACUGCCGCAACAAAUUGUUGAGACUUGAUAAACUCCACGUGUGGCAUUACAUUAUUUUCAAUUGUGCCAUUCAUACUAAUUAUCAAACGAUGUAACUAUCAACUUUCUGAGGUCAGUCUUCAAAAAUGUGUAGGAAGGUAUUUUAUUAUUGUCCUGUCGUGUUAAUUUAUCGAUUGUUUAAACAGGUGUUCAAAAAUGAAGUCUAUUGAAAUGAUAAACACUGAAGACCUUGUCUGUGCAAUAAUAAAGUAUCACGCUAUAUGGGACAAUAAUGCUGAUGAAUAUAGUACAAAAUAAAGAGGUAAAAAGCAUGACAAAACGUACUUGUUAAGUUUAUGUCUGAUUUCAGAAAAAGAUCCACAGAAAAGAAAACGAAAUAGAUAAGUUUGUUAUUAGAAUAAUUAUUAUUUUUACUGCAAAAAAACAAUUACAUAAUAAAAAUAAUGAAAUUAACAUAA